AGUGAGGCAAGGGAAGGUGAGCAGCUGCCACAGCUCAGGCAGAGCCCUGGGGACGGGGCUGGCUGGCCCUGAUUUUGCUCCUGCUGGAACCAGGCUUGUGUUGAUGGGCUGGCUGUGAACUCUGAGGUCUCCUCUGGAAGCCACUGUGCCAGGAGUGAGAUGCUACGGGGGCAAGCUCGAGAAGAAGACAGCGUGGUGCUGAUCGACAUGGCCUCCCCUGAAGCAGGGAAUGGAUGCUCCUAUGGGAGCACAGCCCAAGCCUCAGAGGCAGGUAAACAGCAGGUGGUCCCCAGCAGAGUUGGGAGCUCUGCCAAACCCCCAAUUGAUUUUGUUCUUGUUUGGGAAGAAGACCUGAGGAACCAAGAGAACCCCACGAAGGACAAGACAGAUACACACGAGGUCUGGCGGGAGACUUUUCUGGAGAAUCUUUGCUUGGCUGGCCUGAAAAUAGAUCAGCAUGAUGUCCAGGAUGAGGCCGCUGCAGUUCAUUACAUCCUCCUCCGCGCACCCUGGGCUGUGCUCUGCUACUAUGCAGAAGACCUGCGCCUGAAGCUGCCUCUACAGGAGUUACCCAACCAGGCUUCCAACUGGUCAGCCACCCUUCUGGAGUGGCUGGGCAUCCCCAAUAUCCUGCUGGAGCACGUGCCUGACACACCCCCCGAGUAUUACUCCUGCCAGUUCAAAGCAAGCAAGCUGCAAUGGUUUCUUGGAAGUGACAACCAAGACACCUUCUUCACCAGCACCAAGAGGCAUCAGAUUCUAUUUGAGAUCCUGGCCAAGACUCCAUAUGGCCACGAGAAGAAAGGCCUGUUUGGGAUUGACCAGCUGCUGGCAGAAGGUGUAUUCAGUGCAGCCUUCCCUCUGCAUGACGGCCCAUUCUCUGCAGUCCCAGAGAGCUCACAGGUCCUGGGUCUCACCCAACGCCAAGUCUUAUUCCAGCACUGGGCUCGCUGGGGCAAGUGGAACAAGUACCAGCCAUUGGACCACGUGCGAAGGUACUUCGGGGAGAAGGUGGCUCUCUACUUCGCCUGGCUUGGGUUUUACACUGGUUGGCUCCUGCCUGCGGCAGUGGUGGGCACAGUGGUCUUCCUGGUGGGAUGUUUCCUGGUGUUCUCAGACAUACCAACGCAGGAGCUGUGUCACAGCUCAGACAGCUUCGACAUGUGCCCACUGUGCUCCGACUGUUCUUUUUGGCUGCUCUCCAGUGCCUGCACCCUGGCCCAGGCUGGGCGGCUCUUCGACCAUGGCGGUACGGUCUUCUUCAGUUUGUUCAUGGCACUGUGGGCGGUGCUGCUUCUGGAGUACUGGAAGCGGAAAAACGCCACGUUGGCCUACCGCUGGGACUGUUCUGACUAUGAAGACAUUGAGGAGAGGCCUCGGCCCCAGUUCGCUGCAACGGCCCCCAUGACAGCCCUGAACCCUAUCACGGGGGAAGAUGAGCCCUACUUUCCUGAGAAGAAUCGUGUACGCCGCAUGCUGGCUGGUUCUGUGGUGCUCUUGAUGAUGGUGGCUGUGGUGAUUAUGUGCCUUGUAUCUGUUAUCCUGUACCGGGCCGUCAUGGCUAUCAUUGUGUCCAGGUCAGACAACGCCUUCCUCUCUGCCUGGGCUUCACGGAUUGCCAGCCUCACAGGGUCAGUGGUGAACCUUGUCUUCAUCCUCAUCCUCUCCAAGGUCUAUGUGCUCCUGGCCCAGGUCCUAACAAGAUGGGAGAUGCACCGGACGCAGACCGAGUUUGAGGAUGCCUUCACCCUCAAGGUGUUCAUCUUCCAGUUUGUGAAUUUCUACGCCUCGCCCGUGUAUCUCGCCUUCUUUAAGGGCAGGUUUGUAGGAUACCCGGGCAACUACCACACCUUGUUUGGAAUCCGAAAUGAGGAGUGUCCAGCUGGAGGCUGCCUCAGUGAACUGGCACAGGAGCUCCUGGUCAUCAUGGUGGGCAAGCAGAUCAUCAAUAACGUGCAGGAGGUUCUUGUCCCAAAGCUGAAAGGCUGCUGGCAGAAGUUCUCCAGGGGCAAGAAGGCUGGCACAGGGACCCACCCAGCACCCUGGGAGGCCGACUAUGAGUUGCUGCCUUGUGAGGGGCUGUUUCACGAAUACCUUGAAAUGGUGCUGCAGUUUGGAUUCGUCACCAUCUUCGUAGCCGCCUGCCCGCUGGCGCCGCUUUUUGCCCUACUCAACAACUGGGUGGAGAUCCGCCUAGAUGCGCGCAAGUUCGUGUGCGAGUACCGGCGCCCAGUGGCGGAGCGCGCCCAGGACAUCGGCAUCUGGUUCCACAUCUUAACCGGCCUCACACACCUCGCGGUCAUCAGCAAUGCCUUCCUGCUGGCCUUCUCCUCCGACUUCCUGCCACGUGUCUACUACAGCUGGACGCGCGCCCCUGACCUGCAUGGCUUCCUCAAUUUCACGCUGGCACGAGCACCGCCCACUUUCACCUCCGCACACAACCGCACUUGCAGGUACCGGGCUUUUCGGGAUGAUGAUGGACACUAUUCCCCGACUUACUGGACUCUCCUGGCCAUCCGCCUGGCUUUUGUCAUCGUGUUUGAGCAUGUGGUGUUCUCCAUUGGCCGUUUUCUGGAUCUCUUGGUUCCUGACAUCCCAGAAUCCGUGGAGAUCAAGGUGAAGCGGGAAUACUAUUUAGCUAAACAAGCACUGGCUGAGAAUGAGGCUCUCCUUGGAGCAACAGGAGCGAAGGAUGACCAGCCUCCAAGUUCAGAGCCCAGCCUGGGCCUUCCAGCCUAGGGGGGACUCUUUGGACUGGUGACCACCUCCCCUCCUUCUCUGAGGUCACAGUAGGGGUUACCGGAGGCUGACACACUUGCCUGGAAGACUGUUGAAGAUGUGUCAGGAGACAGUUCACCUCUGUGUGUCUUUUGGAGACCAUGAUCCCGGCCCCAGCUCAACUCAUCUCCACCCUUGGUUUAGAAUAACCAUGACCCUUGGCUGCCACUGUCCUGUGCUCAGUCACUACCCCUGCUACAUGUUCCUUAGGAGCAGUGUUUAGAGAGAUAUCUGCUGGCCUUAGGGGCUAUCCCCUACUGCCAUUCCUAAGUCCCAUGAGCCAAUAACUUGUGUCUCAUUCCCCUCCCGAUGCCCACACCCAUAUCUCAAGGCAAAAGGUCUGUCUGAAAUGUCUGCUUCUGUGGCUCUCAGUUUUGCUGACCAUUGUACUCAGAAAGUAUCUUGUUCUUCCUUUGCUUCACCUAUCCUGUCCCUAAUAUCACUAGUGAUAUCCCUAUCCCUAAACCAAAGGCUGAGGGCCCUCUGUAUGUAUGUAUAUCAGUAAGAUGCCUUCCUGAAUCUUAAGAUAUGAGGAAGUGGCUUCACUGUUGACAUAUGGUCCCCCCGUCCCCCCCCCAUUGUAUAACUCUUCUGCCAACUGAAAGGUUAAACGCUGGGGUCCCUGCCUUCCCAGGGCUUUGCUCAUCCUCUUGCAGCAUUCCUGUGGUAUUAUAGGGUCAGAUCACCCCUCCAGACCCACUGCCUUUCCUCACAUGGUCAUUAUCAGGCACACCUGGCUCUUAGACAUGACACCAUGUCCCAGGCCACAGCCCUGGGACGUUUGCUUAGCCCUUACUUUCAUACCUAACUACCCAGGCCUAUCUAUGAAUUCUUUCGAAUCAUGGCCUCUUUAUCCUGACAGAUCAAAGGCCUCUGCAGUAUCCCCUUUGCCUCCUGUGUACCUCUCAGUACUGGGCCAGAAACUCAGCACACAGGAAGCUCUGAAGGGGGAAGGCUGUGGAAUGAAGUUUUACCCCUAAUAGUGCAAACAGAAAAAAACAAGAUUCUUGUAAUACCUAGUAGGUCUAUCCCCACCCCCACCUCACCCCCCAGUGUUUACAUACAAUUGCUUCUCAAACUGGGCACAACGUGGGCCUUUCCUGCUGCUUGCCUUAUGUUAGCUGGGCUGAUGGUUAGUUACCAGCUAUUCCCUAACCUAGCCACUCACUCAUGAUGGGCUAUGUAUGGGCCUUUCCUCCUGCCACUCAACCAUACUGGAAUAAAGGUCUGAAAGUCA